GGCAAGUGGGGAGGGGGACUCAGCUCAGGACAGGGAGGCCCUGCUCGCAGGUCCCGGGGUCCCGGUGGCAGCCGGAGCGCUUGGUCCGCAGGCAGCGGGCGGGUGGUCCCCCCUCCGCCCCCACCCUGCGCGUGCGCGCCCCGGCCCCUCCCUCCCUGCCACCCCCCUCGGCUCCCGCGCGGCGGCGGCGGUUCCUCUCCCCCUCCCCCCAGCCCUGGCUCCGGGGGACCCCGCGAUGCCGGUCCGCACCGAGUGUCCCCCGCCGGCCGGUGCCUCGGCCGCCUCCGCGGCCUCGCUCAUCCCGCCGCCGCCCAUCAACACCCAGCAGCCCGGCGUGGCCACCAGCCUGCUCUACAGCGGCUCCAAGUUCCGCGGCCACCAGAAGAGCAAGGGGAACUCGUACGACGUAGAGGUGGUGCUGCAGCAUGUGGACACGGGGAACUCUUACCUUUGUGGGUACCUGAAGAUUAAAGGCCUUACGGAGGAGUAUCCAACUCUCACGACCUUCUUCGAAGGAGAAAUAAUCAGCAAAAAACACCCUUUCUUAACGCGGAAGUGGGACGCAGACGAAGACGUUGAUCGGAAACACUGGGGCAAGUUUCUGGCUUUUUAUCAGUAUGCAAAAUCAUUUAAUUCAGAUGACUUUGAUUACGAAGAGCUGAAGAAUGGAGAUUAUGUCUUCAUGAGGUGGAAGGAACAGUUCCUGGUCCCAGACCACACGAUCAAAGACAUCAGCGGUGCUUCCUUUGCUGGGUUCUAUUACAUCUGCUUCCAGAAGUCGGCAGCCUCCAUAGAGGGCUACUAUUACCAUAGGAGUUCAGAAUGGUAUCAGUCACUCAAUCUAACUCACGUUCCCGAACACAGCGCACCCAUCUACGAGUUCCGGUGACAGCGGUUCAGAGCAGGAACCAAAUAAAACUGAACUUGGCAAAAAAAGAACUCUGCCAAGAAAAUCGUGUACCUGCCAGAACCAGGAGAACGUGUGUUCCUGUUUCUUCACGAGCAGACUCGCAUCAGAAAGCAUGAAUGUUAACCCACAGAAUCCAAGGAGCAUGGCCAACCAACGGCAGGUGGAGGGAGUGUUCUCUGUGCUUCCUCCCUCUCUGUGGCAGUUUGGUCUUAAUCUGUCGUAAGCUACCUUAAAUGCACUUUUCCUUCCUGCACAGCUAACUUCUGUAUCACUGAAAGGCCCAUUCCUUCCUCCGUCCCCACCUCCAGCCGAGCAGAAGGUCAGCCCCCCAGUCACCCUCAGCCUUGGUGCUCAGUGGUCUCGGCCCAGGCCCCAGCCCUGCGCCCCCCACCCCCAGUUGCUCAGUCCGGUAGCUCAAGAGAAGGCAGAGCCCCAGCACACGUGUGCCGCCCCGCCCCCCCCCCCCCCUUCCAGAGCUCUGCGCAGGGAAUCGGUGACCAGCAGCACCCGCCAGUGAAACGUGAGGCGGAGGCCGAUUGCUUAACGGGGUCCGCUGGCACUGCCCAGCCCUGCAGCGGUCACGCUAAGCUAGUCAGUGGCUGCCAGGUUCUCUGGGCCUGCCAUCGGGGAUCACUAAGUUUCAGGCUUCCAGAUCCCUGGCAGGAACGGAUUCCAGUCCUGCUUACUCAGCACGUUUGCUCCAAACUUUUGAACUUGAGGGCAAUACUAAACUUAAAAAAAAAAA